CUGAUGCGGAGCGCUGACGGGUCGCUGUAGUGUGUCCACACAGAGCCGGGAAAACAGCUGCUUCAACACCACCGCUAUAGACAGGUUCACCCACGCUGACCUGGACCAUGAGCAAUGAUUUACCUGUUUUGAAAAGUCUGACUGAAAACUCCACUGAUGUGCCUGUGUCGGCAGGCCAGGUGGAGAACUAUGUGUUGCUGCUGGUGCUGCUGAGUGUUUUUGCCGGGGCAACGCUGGUCCUGCUCUCCCUGCUGCUCCUCUUCUGCCACUGCUGCUGCAUGGGCGGACGUCGCUACUCCAGAGCCAGCGAUGACCCUGAGAAGACAAACACCACUUAUGCUGAGGAUUCUCAACCCACCCAAGAGAUCACCCUCCGUCUGGAUGAAUCAGAUGCUCUCUCAGCUUCCAGCUGUCAUGAUGGAGAGUCAGAGCGAUUCGUCUCCACUGGGUCUACCGGUCGCCGAGUCUCCUUCAACGAAUCUGCACUUUACGAACAAGAGAAGACGACUCAGGACAAAGGACGCAGGUACACUCUGACUGAAGGAGACUUCCACCAUCUGAAAAAAGCCAGACUGACUCAUCUUCACCUGCCUCCAGCCCCAUGUGACCUCAAGAUCCUCACCAUCAUGGAAUGUGACUCAGCAGACAGCAGCAUCGUUGACAUCAGUGAGACUGCAGCUCCAAAGCUGCCCCUCACUAUCUACCAGCCCAUUGACAGAAGAGUCCCUGAGUGGCUGGGACAGAGCCUCAGUGGAGGUCUGCCAGGAGACCCGCACCACUCCAUCAUCCUGGACCAGGGACUCAGACAGCUCUCAUCCACUAUGAAAACACUGCACACACGGUCACAGACAAUGGAGGCUAUCGGGGACAGGGGAGAGGCUGAGAGCGACAGGGCUAUGAGAGGAGAGUUGACUCAAGCUUUGGGGCAGACUUCAGUUCUACAUUUCUUCUCUAAACUGCGGCGCCAUGCUAGUCUGGAGGGGGCAGGGCCUUACUUCAGGAGGUGGAAGUUUGACAGCAGUCACCGGGCUGCCAGUCUGGACGCCAAAGCAUCGCCAAAGAGAAGGCCCUUCCAGAGACAGAGAGCAGCAAGUGAAACCACCGAUCACACAGAGGAUGAGGCUUUAUCUCUACAAGAUGAGGUCAUUGAAUCUUUGCCAAACACACCUAUCCAGACUAGUGGCCUACAAUCCCUCUCUGCAGAGUCUCUGUCUCACCACUCAACUGCACCCACAUCCUCAGUCUUCCUCAGCAGGCUAACACUGGAGGCCAUGGUGGAGGUGGGUGGUAGUAGCACCAGGAGAGAGGAACCAUGUUUUCCAAAAGAUGACAUUCAAGCCCAGAGACGAGAGGAGGCAACAACCAAUGGCAUGGAAGUAGAAGGUGAAACAAAACUAGGAGCAUUUGAAAGAAUGGAAGCAGUGGCAGACAAGUUAGAAUGUACAGAUGAUGACUUAUUUGGGGCACAACAAGAAGCUGCCCUUCAGGGACGGUUUGAAGACAAGUUAUGGGAAACUAAGGAUACAAAAACAGACGACAUGGCGGCAGAUCUCAGGAAAAAGAAUGAGGCAGAGGAGAAUGACGAAGAAGAUGCAGUGUUGGGAGCUGAAGCCCGGCAGAGGGCUGACUCUGGCUCGUCUCUUUCCUUCAUGAUUCGCCAGGAGAGCUCGGAGCUCCCUACUUCCUUGUACAGAGACAUUUGGAGCCUGCGUGCCUCACUCGAGCAAUAUGCCUCCUCUGACCAGAGCAGCACUGACCGCGAGUCUAUCCGCAGUGAUGCUGACAGCGUCUCAUCUUUUGGAUGUACAGGAACUCGUUCUGGCCUGGACAGCUGCUUGUCCCAAGACCUGGAUGAUGAUCCUGAGGGAGAAGGGGAGGGAGAGGUGCUGGAGGGAGGAAUGAGAGGGGCAUCAGGUGGAAACAGCGAGAUGGGAAAUGGAGCUGGAGGAGAGAGUGAGGCAAGUACCCGGAAGCUCCUUCAGAUGGACAGUGGGUAUGCCUCGAUUGAAGCUCCAUCCAGGGCCCCUGAGGAGAUGCGGCUGUUUGGGACUCCAGGAGCCCAAAGAGGAAAGACAGCAUCAGAGAGACGAUUGUUCUUCACUAGCUCUGGAAGAAAAGGUUCAGUGUGUGAGAGCAUCGAGGCCAAACUGUUUCAGGAGGAGCUGGAGGAUGAGGUGACAAAAAACACAGAGACAGGAGAGAAAGUAAAGGAUAAAUCCCACACUGGCAGCCAGGUGCAUGUCCUUCAAGAACAACAUCAUCCUCUGAAAUCCCCUCACAAACCACCAAACUCACAUUCACAGCUGGUGACUUCCCCAAUAAAGCCAAUCUCACAUCCCUCUAGUCCUCACAGGCCUCGCCUACGCCGCCGUGACUACAGCAUUGAUGAAAAGACAGAUGCACUUUUCAAUGAGUUCCUUCGUCAUGAUCCCCGGUUCGACCAGCAGGAUUCUCCUCUGCGCUCCAGGCACCGGUCCAGAGUUCACCUCCGGAAACAAUGGCAGAGACACAAACAAUACAGUGACCCAGGGUCAAGCACUGGGGGUAGGUACUCCCCAUCUUUAGAGAGGCAGAGGUUUACUCCGCUGAGAAGGGGUGACAGUGCGGGUUACCCCCUGGACACCAAAUACCACAGCACGCUCUCACGCAUCGCAAGUGCUGCAGAUGAAGAAGCCAGCGAGGUUGCCGACUGUGAAGAACCAGCCAGGGGGAGCACAGAGAUCAAAGAUCCACCAAGUGAAGGAGCUGCUGGGCAUGUCAUCGAAGGCGAAGCCAAAAAAAAAACUGAAGACACUGUUGCGAGAAAGAGCAGCUCUAGUUGUGCAGCGUCAGGUGGGGAGGGCGAUGGCUGCCAAGACUCUACAAACAAGCACACAGAAAGCACAAGUGGCCAGUCUUUGACUUCUGUGACUGCACAAACAAGUCACAUGGAUCCAAGAGGCAGCAACAAGAACAACAACCGCAGUCAGUCUAUCCUAUCAGAGGCAGAAGGAAGUCUGUCAGAUAAGCUGGCUGUUUCGGUGGAAGAGAGGCUCUAUGGUGGCCUGCGCAGUGCAGAGAAGCUCAGCCAGGGAGGAUCAGAGCAGGUGCUUACUGUGUCUCACACAGCCUCGUCUGGCUUCAGUCCCAUAUAACGCCUUCAAAAUGCCGUCGGAUUCAUUUCAGAUCCAAUGUGUGGACCAUGGACUUGGAGAUAAAUGAUCUACAGCAGUUCACACAUCAUCAUUUGUUAAAUAGUGACUCGGUUCAGUCUCUGUGUUUUACAUUAGGACAAUUCUUACAAAUAAAUACAGUCUGACAUCUGAUGCAUCAUCUCACACACACACCUCAAUUUCCACUGUGACACAAUGUGACAUGUGAGGUCCCUUUUUAGAACUAACUAUUCUUAAAAUCAAAUGCAUCUUCACAUAGUUUUCAAAAACAUAGCUCCAUCUUUAGAAAAACUGAAUAUUUUCCAGACUUAACUGUGAAUUUUCAGCAUGCUAUUGUACGUCCAGAAAAAAGGUGUAUAUGUAUACUGUACAUUUUUAACUGAAAAAAACAAAAACAAAAAGCACUUUGAUGUGAAGAAUGAUAACGAUUGCUCUUCUGUCACCCAUUUAUCUCAUUUCUAUACUAUAUCCUCCUCAAGUGUCCUUGUCUCAAUCACCAUGAGGGUACAUGUGUAUGUGAGAGCGUUGGUGUCUGUAUUUAAUGUUAGAUUAAAAAUAAUGCUGACCAUGUUAAACAAAGAACAGAAUUUUAAACUUGUUUUGUGAUCGCAGCCUUCUUUCUCAUUAGAUCAGAUCUACAGAUUAUCAUAUUUGGAGGGGAAAACACAUGGGAUAUCCAGAUUUGUGCUCAGUGUCUAAUGUAACUUGGCUAAAGUGAAUCCUCACUGCUGGCAAUAGCACUUUAUUCACCACAGAAAAAGUAGGCGACUUCCAAGAACGCACUUUCUGAGUGAAGUUAUGCUCAAAAAACAAAAACCUGUAGGUGUCAUGUCACUGGUGCCACUUCACUUAAGGCUAAGUAUGGAAGGAUAGGAAAGAUAUUUGGAGACAUUUG